AUGUUAUCCAGAGAACUUUGGUUCAACGCCAUUAGAAGGCACGACUAUGCCUUUGUAAACGCUAAUUUAGAUAAGUUCAAGCGUGUUCGUGAUGAUCUAGGCUUUACAGGGCUUAUGUACGCUGCUUGGACAAAUGACAUGGAGAUGGUGAGACUGCUUGCAGAUGACGAGCUCAACCUUAGCAACGGCCAGGGAAACACUGCUACUAUAAUUGCAGCCCUUAAUGGGAGCGUUGAUGCCUGUCAGUAUCUUCUAACGCGAGAAACUAUUGGGCUCAAUGAGUUUGGGCACACGCCUCUCACAUUAGCUGCAGCCGAGGGAGUCACGGCUACGAUACCUGUGCUCCUUCCUUACUACGGAACCAUGAAGGAUGCAAACGGCUGGACGCCUCUGGAUCACGCCGCAAGUAACGGACACAUAGAUGCAGUCAAGCUUCUCAUUGCCGAUCUUUCCCCACGCAUUCUCUCCUUGGAUUCAGCUAUAGAGCAUGCCAUGCUUUCGGGAAACAAGCAUGUUGUGGAGCUUCUAGCGCUUUGCAAAGACACUGUAACUAGUUCUCCUUGCAUUACAUGUAACUACUAUCGAACUCUUUGGGUCUCACAACUAUCUGCUCCAACCUCUCGUAAAGAUGAAGAAAAAGCACCCUUGGGAGACCAACCGUCUGGUCAUGGACCGUUGCAUACAGAGUGCCUCGAUAUAUCUCUAGCAAGGAUGGAGUGGAGCCACGUUUCUCAGAUAUGUAGCGAAAGGUUAGCAAGUGUCCGCAGCACUCGUAAAGGUCUAGCUACCCUCGACCGAUACCUCUCUGCUCUACUUGCCCUUUGGGGCUCUUCUGGGCCCGAAGCCCCACUCUACCAACCAGACUCUUCCCUUCACGGCAUAACGCCCUUGAUGGUAGCAGCAUCCAGUGGACGUGCAGAUCUAGUAGAAACUCUCAUUACCGAAUAUCUAGGUAAGAGGAAUAGCCAAGGGCUGACGGCUCUCAUGAUAGCUGCCCGGAGAGGGCAUCUAGACUGCGUGAAGUUGCUCGUUCCAGAGGCAAAAAAGGUAGACAUUGACGGCUAUACCGCUCUCAUGCAUGCUGUCAUGGCAAACGCAAUGAGUGUGGUUGACUAUCUUGCUGAUUAUGAAUGUGGCAUUCGCUGUCCUGAUGGAAACACGGCAUUGCUGCUUGCAGCAAAGUUAGGUCACCCCAGAGUUCCUCCGUCACUGAUUAAAGCAGAGGCAAAGAUAAAAGAUACUGAUGGUAACGUUGCCCUCAUAUACGCUGCUUUAGAUAGAAACAAGCCGUUGAUAUCUCUGCUCUGUGAAGCAGAAGCAGGCAUCUCUAACUAUAUGGGGCUCACAGCGCUCAUGGCAGCUGCAUAUACAAACGAUUGCGAUACAAUAUUGUUGACUCUGUCGACUGGGAAGAAAAAAAGGAUGCAUGGAGGAUUUACUGCCCUGAUGAUUGCUGCCUGUCUUAACAACAGAGAGGCAGUCGAAGCCCUCGUAGGCCACGAGGCAUUCUGUGUUACGGACACUCACUUUAGCGCUCUAUUACUGGCCGUUGUAUGCGGUUCGGUGGACGCGUCCAGGACUCUUGGACUUGUUGAGAUGACCAUACUGUCUCCUCAUGGUCACAACGCGGUGACGCUUAGCGCUAACGGUCCAUGUGGCUCUAUAAUAUCGGAUAUAUGUGAUGGGAUCAAGAACUCUGCUUAA